GCGAAAUGUGUGGCAAGCAAUUCUGGUGGUACUCUCACAAGAUGGAAGGUUGGAAAGCACUGUAGACUGACCCAAAAGGGAUCCACUGGAAGGUAUUCUGGAAUAGAACGAGUGAAAAAUGAGGCUGGAAGACGGACUAAGAAAGUUUCUUAUUGUGGUUGGUCAAAUCAGUCUUGCUGUUGGAGUUGACCAAGAACAGGAUCCCUCUUACUGGAACACCCAAGCCAGGGCGACCCUGCAGGCUGCGCUGAAACUUCGCCCGCAGGCCCACCGAGCCAAGAACAUCAUCUUAUUCCUGGGGGAUGGGAUGGGCGUUUCGACCGUGUCUGCCGCACGCAUCCUGCGAGGACAGAUGGAGGGUCACCCGGGAGAGGAGACGGUACUCGCCAUGGACUCCUUCCCGUACCUCGCCCUCUCCAAGACGUACAGCGUGGACAAGCAGGUGGCAGACAGCGCGAGCACAGCCACGGCCUACCACUGCGGCGUCAAGGCCAACAGCAAGACAGUGGGCCUGAGUGCCGCCUCCUCGCCUUACGAGUGCAACACCACGUUCGGCAACGAGGUGUCCUCUGUGCUGCACCGCGCGAAAGCACAAGGCAAGUCAGUCGGCAUCGUGACCACCACCCGCGUGCAGCACGCCUCGCCAGCCGCCGCGUAUGCCCACUCGGUCAGCCGCAGCUGGUACAGUGAUGCCGACAUGCCGUCCAGUGCCCGACGGGAGGGCUGCACCGACAUCGCCAUGCAGCUCAUCUCCAACACUGACAUCGACGUUAUCCUUGGCGGUGGGCGCAUGUACAUGACCCCGAAGGGCACUCCUGACCCUGAGUAUCCCUCCUCCAAUUCCCGCCAAGGGCACCGCAAGGACAAAAAGAACCUUGUUGAUGUCUGGUUGAAGGCCAGGCAGGGAAAGAAUGCCCAGUAUGUAUGGCACAAGGAGCAGUUUGAUGCUGUAGAUGUGAAGUCCACUGACCGCCUCAUGGGUCUGUUUGAGCCCAAAGACAUGAGGUUUGAGCUGUUUCGUAACAGAACUCGGGACCCGUCUAUUGUUGACAUGACAGAGAAAGCCAUUCGGAUCCUCAGCAAGAACCCCAAAGGCUUCUUCCUCUUUGUGGAAGGAGGGAGAAUCGACCACGGGCAUCACGAUGGCAUCGCCAAGCUAGCCUUGACAGAAGUGGUGAUGUUUGACCGUGCGGUUCAGCGUGCCUCCCAGCUGACUGAUGAGUCAGACACCCUCACCGUUGUCACUGCUGACCACUCUCACGUCUUCACUUUUGGAGGAAACACCCCCCGGGGAAACCCAAUCUUUGGCCUGGCCCCCAAGAAGGCAGAUGACAUGAUGCCCUUUACCAGUAUAUUGUAUGCCAACGGACCUGGAUACAUGCAUGUAAACGGAACACGAGGAAACAUCACCUCUGUGGAUUACUUGGAUGAGGAGUACAUGCAGCAGGCCGCUGUACCCCUGGACUCAGAGACACACGGUGGAGAGGAUGUGGCUAUCUAUGCCAAGGGUCCCAUGGCCCACCUCUUCCAUGGGGUGAAGGAGCAGAACUACGUGGCCCACGUGCUGGCCUACGCUGCCUGCCUGGAGCCCUACACUGACUGUCCUCCAAACACACCGGGCUCUGGUGGAUCCAGAGCUUCUGUCCCCUGGGGGAUUUUCUUCCUCAAUACAAUAAUCUGGCUCGGAUCCACAUGACCAUACACCCCUCGAUCCCUUCAUCAGACCUUCUCUUCCCAGCCCUCAGUGCAACCUCCUGCACAUGUGAGAUGGAGAUCUUUGCUCAGGCAUGUCCUGUGCGGCUCCUUCUUGUGGGCCGUGGUUUCUCACUACUUAACGUGUCCCAUUACGUCCAAAUUCCAGACUUUUUUGGUCAAUGCGAGACGCCAGACUUUUUCCUUCAUGGCAUUAGAGAUUCACCACAAUCCUUGGAUGAACUUCUUUGCAGAGCGGAAGAGCCAACUGCAGACGAGCAGAUUCUUUUGUUGUUCAGGUGGAGUUUUUGCAAAAGUCAUUUUGUCAUGUAAAUAUUGCGUGACUAUGCCCAUGCUAUUAAUGAGGUCAAACAGAGAUCAAACUUAAGAACAUAAAAUAUUUAAACGGAAUCUAAGCAUUUAAAUGUCAGAAGUCCUUUUAAAUGUCAGUUCAAUAAAUAACAUUCCUCUGAGCCUGUUCGCCACGAUCAAAUAACGGGGUUGUGUUUUUAAGUUUCUCAACAAAUGUGUUUUGUAUAGGGAUACUUCAAAUAACUUUAAUUCUCUUAAGUUUUUAAAAUUCAGAAACAUCAAUGCAUAAAACACAUAAAAGGAAUGGGAAAAGUCAUUUGGACCGAACCAAUUUAAUUCUUUCGUUUAACCCGGGAGCGUUCCAUUGUCUUUUUUU